CAAUGGGUCUCCGACGGGUCGCGCGACAAACACGGACAUCGGCAGCACGUUGCAGCUUGCACCACACCGUCCACACGGCCAAUGACACACACAGUCUCCUUCGGUCGACGGUCGUUGUUAUCACUUAGUUACUCCACGCGAUUAGUCGUCAGCUGUCGGUCGUGUGCGUCUUUACGGGUACCGUCCGUUAGAGUACAUACAGUUUUAGUACUAAUUGUUAAUAAUUAACUGUUCGUUUCGUCGUGUGUGGUGAUUUUUCGUUUUCUCAAUACACAUUACUGCCGAAUUUCAAGAUGUAAUUACUUGAUCAAUAUAAUAAUAGCUACAAAUUUUACGUCUCGUUUGAACAUUAUAAACUUUUUCGAUAACAUCUAUGAGUUUUAAAGAUUUUUUUAAAACUGUGUAGUACCACAAGAAUGACUUCUGUAGUGAACAUGAGACAACUAUUGUUAUUAUUAUCGAGUAGAUCAUUCUUUCAAUUUCACUAAUAUAUCACAAACAUGACAAUACCUGUUAUCAAAUAAAACACAGUCAAUAAGAUAGGGGUCACUCAACAACCAUGAAGAACUUUGAAAGAAAUUCUUACAGCCCUAAUAGGAAGAAACCGCUUGAAAAAAGGUCAUGUACGGAUUGUUUGUGCUUCCUUAGUUUUGUAGGAUUCAUGGCCUGUUGGAUUUUUGUAGCUUAUUAUGCUUAUCAAAAUGUAGAUAAAGAAGUCUUAACUUCACCUACAGAUUCAGCCGGGCAAGUAUGCGGUUAUAGCAAAAAUUUAACUAACAAACCCUACUUGUUCUUCUUUGACAUCACAGAAUGUACUUCACCUAUGAUUCUUAUUCAUGGUUGUCAAACUCCUCAGGUAUGCUUGGAAACAUGUCCGGAAAAAGACUGGACCGUCAAAAACAUAUUAGACAACAAAUCCGGUCGCUACAAUUGGCCAGAAAUACAAAAAGAUUUGAUUUGUGUUUCACCUGAUCUCAACAAAUUAGUUAAUUCCAUGGAUACUCUGAAAAAUUUUACGUCCUCAAAUCUCUGUGCCAAAUAUUAUCUUAAAAGUUUACCUAUACCUGCACUUGGUUAUUGCAUUCCUACGCUAUCCAACUUGGACGAUAGCUUACAGUAUUUUACUAAUUACAGCAAUAUAGUAUUAAGUAAUGUUAUAGAUGGUAAAAACAUGGUGGAACUACUGAAAGAUUCCAAAGAAGGCAUUAAACUGAUGGUGGACGAUAUAAUUAACAGCUAUAGAUAUAUUCUUGCCGGGCUUUUAGUGGCGAUUCUAAUUAGCCUUUCUUACAUCCUGUUGAUGAGAUUAUUUAGCUGGGUAUUAGUCUGGUUGUCUCUCAUUUCCAUCAUUUGUGUAUUGGGUUUCGGAACUUAUGGAUCAUAUUUGAAGUACUCUACAAUCGAAGACACUGCAUUAGAAGAAGAUAUAGUAGUGAUAGACCCUUCAAACGUUGCAGGAAAACAAAACCUAAUCAAUUAUAUUGAUGCAAAGUUGAACAAAAAGUCUACGUGGCUUAUGUUCACGAUUGUUUCAGCAUUAGCACUAAUUAUUUUGUUUUUAGUAAUUGUAUUCUUACGCAAAAGAAUAAGACUGUCCAUUGCACUUAUUGUCGAAGGGAGUAGGGCUAUAUUAGAGAUAAAGACUUCACUGAUAUUCCCAUUGGUCCAAUGGAUACUGUAUGGUGGAGUUAUCAUUUGGUUUUUAAUUAUUGCAAUAUUUCUAGCGUCAAUGAAAUUAUAUGUUUUUAAAAUAAAAGGAUUAGAGAAUGACGGUGACUGUAUCUGCAUUGACGAUUAUUACAAGGACGGCGACUGGUGUACUGAAUCUGAAUGGGAAAGAUAUUGUAUGUACAACCGUACCAAGACUAUGUGUAAAGUAGCGAAAUGCGCUUUUGAUCAUGUAGUAUCACAAGACUUUAUUACUGGUUUACAAGCAUUUAACAUUUUUGGCAUGUUUUGGCUGUUGAGUUUCGUGUCAGCUUACAGUCAAAUGGUUUUAGCUAUUACAUUUGCUUCGUGGUAUUGGACGUUCCGUAAAAAGGAUGUACCAUUCUUUGCUCUGACUAUAUCCGUUUAUAAGACUAUAAGAUACCAUUUGGGCACCAUAGCAUUCGGCUCAUUGAUUAUAGCUACGUGCAACUUUAUCCGCGCUAUUCUAGAAUACGUGGAAGUCAAAUUGAAAAAAUAUGAUAACUCCUUCACCAGGGCUAUAUUUACUUGUAUGCGAUGCUUUUUCUGGAUGCUCAAUAAAUUUCUAAGGUUUAUUAAUCGAAAUGCAUAUAUCAUGUGCGCCAUGCACGGUCAAAACUUUUAUAAUUCGGCUAAACGGGCGUUUGAUUUAUUACUGAGGAAUGCAUUGCGAGUGGUCGUAUUGGACAAAGUUACCGACUUCAUAUUUUUUAUUGGUAAAGUAAUAAUUACAGGUGCUUCAAUAGCUACCUUUUACUUUACUUUUUAUGAAACAAUAGAACCACUUAAGCAAUUUGAGGUGUUUGACAAACAAUUUAUUCUCAACUAUAAAUGGUUACCCAUGAUUGUUGUAGCGUGUGGCUCGUGGAUCAUAUCAGCUACAUUUUUCCAUGUUUAUUCUAUUGCUGUGGAUACACUGUUUUUAUGUUUUUUGGAAGAUUCUGAACGCAAUGAUGGAUCAGCAGACCGUCCUUACUUUAUGUCACAUCAAUUAAUGAAUCUAUUGGGUACAAGAAAUGUUCAGUCUUAUCCUAUGCAUUAGAAUAUUACAAUACUAAGACAAUUUAAGACGUUAUUUGUGUUUAUAUAGAUUUACUCAAAUUGCCCUGUUAAACAAAAUUAAUAUUUACUAAUAAUACAUCAUAAUCAAUUUUUGUAUACCACUUUAUUUGUGAUAAGAAAAUGAGCUUUUAAAUGCUUCAGGUAUUCUCUCAAGGUUAUUUUUGUAUUAAAUAUUAAGUUUAUUUAUAUAAGUUUUUCUAAAAAGAUUAUUUUUGUGAAGUUCAAUGUACAUAUAAACGAUAUUAAAUAUAUUUUAUAUAAAAUUAA